UCACGUGAUCUUGAGCUUCACAUAUUUUUUAUGACAGUUCCGUUGUGUUUGUUUUGUAAGCGAUGAAAAAAGCAGAAACGCAGCAGAGACGGGCAGAGCUGAAUGACAGAAAGAACAUUCAACAUUAUCACAGAAUAAUAGCAGAAAUGUUUAAUGGUAUUUAUGACAAUGUAAUCAGGACUGAGUCUGCGGGAAUGAACAGAGAAAGAGUUGUUUUGACGGUGGCUAUCUAUGAGAGUGCAGAUUGUGUGAGAGAUCAUGACUUCAGGACAGAGACAAACACACACCAACCACUGCAGCGUACAGGAAGUGAUUGUGUGAAGAUCAGAAGCUCCAGAGCAGCUCCAGUGUGUUUGGUGCUGCUGUGUGUUCUUCUGCUGACUGCAGUCAUAGUGCUGUGUGUCUACAUCCAUACAAAGAGCACAAGCCUCACAGAAGAGAGAGACCAGCUACUAACCAAGAUUAGCAGCCUCACAGAAGAGAGAGAUCAGCUACAAAUCAUAGCUUUCAAAACAGAGAAAGAUUUAUUAUCCAAGAAUGAUGAUCUAAUAAAAUGUCUUCAUGAAAAGGAUGGAAGGAUUUACAAUCAAUCCAGUUUUUACUACAUUUCAUCUGAGAAGAAGAGCUGGACUGAGAGCAGAAAAUACUGUACAGAGAGAGGAGCAGAUCUGAUCAUCAUUAACAACAAAGAGGAACAAGAUUUUGUUAAGAAAAUGUCUGAUGGUGUUAAAGUCUGGAUUGGUCUGACUGACAGUGAUGUGGAGGACACAUGGAAAUGGGUUGAUGACACCUACUUGACCUCUAACUUCUGGGGGUCUGGAGAGCCAAAUGGACGUACAGGAGAGAACUGUGUUCUAACUGAUUCAUCAGGAUGGGCUGAUUAUCCAUGUCAUGGUCAUUAUCAAUGGAUCUGUGAGAAAACCAUUAAAACAAGUCAUUAAAUCACAUACUUGUUUAUGAUGUAAAUUACGAACAGACAAAAAGGUCUUUCUCUCUUUAAGACAAUCUGAAAAAGUGAAAGUGAAAGUGACGAGACAUGUAGCUAAGUAUGGUGUCCAGUACUCGGAAGUUGUGCUCUGCAUUUAAGCCAUCCAAGUGCACACACACAGCAGUGAGCAAACACAUACACACACCGUGAACACACACUCGGAGCAGUGGGCAGCCAAUUUUUGCUGCAGCGCCCGGGGAGCAGUCGGGGGUUCGGUGCCUUGCUCAAGGGUCUCACCUUAGUCGUGGUAUUGAGGGUAGAAGAGAGCUCUGUAUAUUCACUCCCCCCACGUCAAUUCCUGCCAGUACUGAGACUCAAAAUGCAAUUAUUAUAAUGCAUUUUAACUUUGGUUACAAUUAUUUAUUAAAAGAUGUAUUGCAUUAUAAUAUAAUGCUUUAUACAGAAAGGCUUUAAGUAAAGUGUUACCAUAAAUUUUACUGAGGAAGACUCGAACCUGCAACCUUGGGUUACAAGUCCAACUCUCUAACCAUUAGCCCACAACUACCCCACAAAAUAUAUACACACAUAGGUUCUCUUCCUCAGUAAAAAUUAUGGUAACACUUUACUGAAAGCGUUAAUGUAUAAUGCAUUAUAAAAGUGUUCAUAAUGUGUUAUAAUGCAUUAUAACUUUUCAUAAUAGUAACUGCAUUAUAAUAAUUGCAGAUUCCUUGUUCUGAAAUUGUUUGUUUGUGAUGUGUUUUAAUCCAUUAUAGAUUCUAAAGGUGUACCAUAAGUAUUAAAAUGUAUUAUAACUGUGGUUAAAAAUUAUUCAUGAGAUCAUACAAUGCAUUAUAAGGUGCAUUACAGGGAGUUUUAAAAGUACUUUUUUAUAUAAUGCAUUAUAUAAAGGCUUUAACUAAACUGUUACCAAAUUUAUAUUCAAUUAAUCACCAGUGACGCUAUAAUAAAUAAAUCUGUUUUAUAAACACUCUUAUUUGUAUUAGAUUAUUAUUUUGUCAUGUGUUUGAGUGUCUGUAUCUGAUGGUGUCCAUCAAUGUGUCUAAUACAGAGGAAGUAGAAUACUGUGAUCAUUUAACAUUUAAUCCUUUAGAAGAUGUUUUUUUUUCUGGGAAGACCCUGUAAAUUUGAGCAAUUUUAGUCUAUAAAACACAAACUAGCACAAGUAAGCAUAAAAGAGCAAGUGUUGGAGUAGUUUACAGGUGUUUGUUUGCAUCUGUGUUACUGAUGAGAGUAUAGAGACUCAUUCUGAACUUCAUGUCUGUUUGUCAUCAGGAAGUGAUUCUGAAAGAUGGUGCUGCACUUUAUACAUCUUUCUUAAUUCAGACACUUCCUCCUGUAGCUGCUUCAGUAUCUUCAUCCACUCUGCCUCUCUUUUAACAUUUAACACUUGCUUUACCCAGUGCUGUUAUUCAUAAUCUAAUAAAGUGUUUGUCUAUUAUCACUUGUUCUUAUACCAAAUCUGUACAUCAGAAUGUCAAGUGAUGUUUAAUCUCAUACAUUUCCCCAUGUGGUGUAUUAUUAUGUGGUGUAAAGUAUUUAGUAAUUAGUAAUUAGUUACUGUACUUAAGUAUCUUUUUGGCUACUUUGUAGUUUCACUGAGUAUCAAAGAUAUUAGCAACUUUUACUUUGUACUGGACUACAUUUUUGAAUAAGUACAGUAAAUGUACUCAUUACAACAAUACAUUUGUGAUGAGUAAUACAAUUGCACAUUACAUUUUGCAUGGCACCUAACUUUUUCUGCAGCUGUUUAUUUCUGCUAUAAAGAAGCAAUAUCACCAUCUAAGGGAAAUGAACGUACUAUAUCUUGUGCAUUUUGCCUUUACUCACCCAAACUUGUCAACAAAGUUACUUUACGUGAAUGUGAAUGCAUUAGCAGGUAGUUGCUGAAUCGCAAGUUUAUGAUUAAUGAGAUGAGGUCAUGGCUGCAGCCGGUGUUGAGGCCGAAACUAGCACAUCCAGUGUUCAGUUCAGCUUUAUUUAUUUGUAUUCAGUAAAUUUCACUGUGGAUUCUUUGGUAAAUCAAUCUCAUUUCGGCGCAAGUUUUGCAAACAGACUUUUACGAAAUGGACUCAACACUAAAGCAACAACAUGUAAGUAACUGAAUCAAUUCUAAUGCCUGAUCUGAUAUGUAAUGAUUUGUUUACAGUCAGAUGUUCUUUGUCUAUGUGCCAGUAAAUCAAACCAGUGACUUUUAGUUGACGACGGUGUCGAGUAAAUGGACCCUAAGCCCUCAGUUUCCUGUUUCAAUGUCCAGAAUUGUUUAUGUGUGUAGUUGUGACUCUUAUUCUCCUGCAUGUUUUCCUUGUUCAUUAAAAGACUCUUUGUUAAUCUUU